AUGCCCCCCAUUCACGCCCAUCCCAUACCCGAUCAUCCCCAUCCCACCCCGCAUAGCGGCUCGUCCCCUUCCUCCCACCCAAUAGAGGUGGAGGGCUCUAAGCACAAGCUCACCAGCAAGCUGGGUCCGUAUGAGGUGGAGGGGCUGAAGCGCAAGCUCACCAGCAAGCUGGGUCCGUCCGUGUCCAUUCUGCCCGUGCCUGACUGGCAGGUGGGCGAGUGCUCUGCUGUCUGGUGGCGACCCAACUUCGAGACGCUCAUGUACCCCUACUGCCCUCCGCACAUCACAAAACCCAAGCUGACUCUUCUUCACUCCCUUUCACUCCCAUCCACUCCUCUCCACCACUCAUCACCCCUCUCCACUCCUCUCCCUUCAACAGGAGAUGAAGAAGCUGGUCGUGGUUCCUCUCACCGAGAGACAAGCGCCAGUAAGAAUCUCAAGCUGCCCUUUCAGCUAACUCCCCUCGACUCCCUUUCACUCCUUUCGACUCCUCUUGACAACUCACUCCUCUCCACUCAUCUUCACUCCUCCCCAACAGGAAAUGAGAAGCUGUUUGUGGAUCCCCUCACCGAAAGGCUGUACUUUGGAGUCCCCAAGAAUCUCAAAGUUCCCUUCACUCCUUUUUCAACUCCUCGUCACACCUCAUCAUUCCCCUUCACUCCUCUUGACUCCUCGCCAUUCCUCAUUUCCUCUUCAUCCCUCUUCACUCCUCUCAAUCCCUUGUCACUCCCAUCCCCCACAUCAGGAAAUGAAGAAGCUCUUUGCGGUUCCCUUCACAAAGCGCCAGAGAUGAAGAAGCUCUUUGUGGUCCCCCUCACUGAGAGGCAGUACUUUGGAGAGAUGAAGAAGCUCUUUGUAGUUCCUCUAACAGAGCGCCAGUACUUUGGAGUUCCCAAGAAUCUCAGGCCGCUCAUUCAGCUGACUCCCCGUCACUCCCCUUCACUCCUUUCGAAUCCUCUCCACUCCUCGCCACCGCUUUUCACCCCUCGUCACUCCUCCCUUCAACAGGAAAUGAAGAAGCUGUUUGUGGUUCCUCUAACAGAGCGCCAGUACUUUGGAGUUCCCAAGAAUCUCAAGCUGCUGGCGGUGCCACUACUGGAGCUGUAUGACAAUGUGCAGAAUCUGAAGCUGCUGGCGGUGCCACUACUGGAGCUGUAUGACAAUGUACAGCGCUACGGUCCAGUCAUCUCCGCUAUUCCGUUGCAACUCUCGAGAUUCACAUUCAACCUCAUCCACGACUCGUGA